CCCCGGCCCGCGUCGGCCAAGCUCCUUGUGCCGGUCCUUUGUACUGCCUACCAAGAGUAUUUCCUGAUGGGCGACAAUACUUUUGAAAUGAGCGAUAGUGACGGCUCAAAUGAAGUUGUCAAGGGCGCUUUCAUGCAUCGUAACCGAGGCACCGAUGGCUUUCCCCCAAGAGGUCCUCCGAGCUUUGGUCCUCGGGGCCCACCACCACGAUUUCGGGGUCCACCUCCGCCAGGCAUGAUGGGGCGUCGGGGUCCACCCCCAAUGAUGCGGCCUAUGAUGGGGAGGCCUCCUCCACCUGGUUACCGGCCCCCUUUUGACCCGAGCUUCCCACCGCCACCCAACAUGGGUCCACCUCCACCAAUGAGCAUGGGACCACCACCAGGCAUGGGUGGGCCACCGCCACCACCAAACUUUCAGAAUGGUGGUGACACUUACGGAGGAAUGCCACCCCCACGGCCCCCCAUGAUGCCCCCACCAGGGUUUGGCAUGGGACCGCCUCCACACCAGCAGCAGCACCCGGCCCAGCAGCCACCCCCAAUGAGCGGGCCCCCGCCACCUAUGGGGGGGCCACCUCCAGCCUUGGGACCACCCCCGGGUUUGCCACCACUAACUUCUAUGCAUGCACCAUCUUCAACAGGGGUCAUGCCACCUCCGCCACAGCAACCUUGCCUUGACCUCUCUGGCGAGAUAUGGGUGGAGACGAAAAAUCCCCAAGGAAAGGCAUACUACUAUAAUGCCCGUACUCGAGAGUCGGCUUGGAAUAAACCAGAAGGACCUGGUAUCAAAGUGCUAAGUCAGGAGCAGAUUGAAAGCAUGGCAGCUGCUGCAGGAGUUGCUCCUGGCGGAGGCCUUGUUACUAAUGCUGUGCCAGUGUCCACGCUGCCAAUGGGAGCUGCAGCGGUUACAUCGACCAUAAGCACCAUGACACCAACUCCAGUGGCGACAAGCGGUAGUGCAGUAACUGCUCCACAGUCGAGUAUGGUUGCAGAAAAUCUGACCGAAAAAGCACGCACCAUGACGACACAGGGUGGGGAUUCCACUAUGACACCCAUAUCUACUACUGCGACUCCCUCCGGGGCUGCAGUGGCAGCCGGCAGCACUGACAUGCAUGCACAACACCAGCUGCAGCAACAGCCAUUAUCUAUGCUACAUGCAUCAACCACACAGCAGCAGCAUCAGCAGCAGGAGCAGCAGCCGCCCACACAGCACCAGCCCUUACAGCAGCAGCAGAAGCCCAUGCCGCAAGAGCCUUCCAAAGCGGUGCCACCUCCAAACGCUGGUUCUCUGUCCACAUUGGUACAGCAACCCUUAACAAUGCCUGCGCCAGCAUUUGGCUUGCCACCUCCAUUUGGCCUACCCCCACCACCAUUUGGACUGCCCCCUGUUGCAGGGGUAGGGCCACCUGGAUUUCCCAACCUUGGUUUGCCACCUCCACCAUUUGGCCCACCACUCGGCCUGCCGCCAUUUGUGGCCCCCGUCGCAGCACCCUCAGUAAUGCCAAGCUUGCAGAUGGCAGCAGCAGCACCUGCUGUACCAACAGCCACAGCCGCAGUGGAUGCGGACUUGAGAGAACGAGCGAGUCAGUGGACGGAGCAUAAGACAGCUGAUGGAAAGAGCUACUACCACAACACACGCACACAGCAGUCCACAUGGGACCGUCCAGAGGCUCUCAUUGAGCUAGACAAGGCUCUUGCAGCUGCUGGCACAGCGUCAGAUGGCAGUGGCUCUGGAAGUGCAGAUGCUGCAAAGUGUGGAUCCAACUCUGCAACUGGGGAACCUCGAAUCACAGCGGACUCUGGUGCUGCUGAAACUAAACCGUCAGAAAAAUCUGCUGCCUCUAAGAGUGCAGAGAGUUCGCAGACUGCAGCUCCUGUGAAACGACCACCGGCCAAACCUCAAGACAAGACGAAGCCAGUGUCAAGCACACCGGUUCCAGGUACCCCAUGGUGUGUAGUGUGGACUGGAGAUAGUCGUGUGUUUUUCUUCAACCCAAGCACUCGCACUUCUGUGUGGGAGCGGCCAGCAGAGUUAAAGAAGCGAACUGAUGUUGACAAAAUGGUUCAGACGCCUCCCGUUCAACCGGAUACAAAGGGUCAAGAGGCGUCUAAUGAUGGAGAACCACUGGCUAAGAAGACAAAGCUUGAAGAAGGGGAAGAAGGUGCUGCUGAAGGGACAGAAGCCCAGAAUGGUGCCACUGAGACCAAGACAGAGGAGCCCUUAUUGACAGCUCUGCGGGCACAGGGUAAGGAGUCUGCCAUGGAAGCAGAACUGCGGGCAGCCAAGGAACGAGCGGCCAUUCCAUUGGAUUUGCGCAUGCAGCGCUUCCGAGACAUGCUGGUUGAAAAAGAGGUGUCGGCAUUUUCAACUUGGGAAAAGGAGCUGCACAAGAUUGUAUUCGACAGUCGGUACCUGCUGUUGACGUCUAAGGAGCGCAAACAGGUAUUUGAAAAAUAUGUGAAGGAGCGUGCCGAGGAGGAACGACGGGAGAAGCGAAACAAGAUGCGUGAACGCAAGGACCAGUUCCAGCAGCUGCUUGAAACAGCUGGCCUCAACAGCAAGUAA